GCGGGUCACGUGCUGAGGAAGCAGCGCCGCCAGUCCCGGCGCUGGCCCCGGAAGCGGACGCUGCGGUCCCAGGGCGGGGCCCGGCCGGCGGGCAGCGCGGCCCGGGCCGGCGGCGGGGGCUGACUCCUGUGUGCAGCAUGCAGGUGACGGAGCGCGAGGCUGCGGGGCAGGGACUGGAGGGGGGCCCUGCCCAGCCCGAUGCCCAGAUGGAGUCGCCCGGCCCCCCCAAGUCCCCGGCCUUCGACCUCUUCAGCCUGGUCCUGUCCUCCAAGCGGCUGGAGAUGUACCUGGAGCCCCUGGGGGACGCCUGGGAGGGGAUCCACUUCCUGCUAAGGUGGCAGAUGCCUCUGUGCUCGCUGCUCACCUGCCUGGGCCUCAACUUCUUGCUGCUCACCCUGACUGAAGCUGCCUGGUUCUCGCUGUGCGCACUGCUGGUCCUGGUGCCCGCCCUGCUGGGCUACCUGCAGGAGGCCUGCCGGGCCCGCCGGCCGGCGCCGGAGCUGGCCCGCCAGAGGUACCACAGCGUCCGGCGCGAGGACCUGCAGCAGGUGCGGCUGGCGCGGCAUGAAGCCGUCACUGAGGUGAAGAGAUUCCUGAUCCACCUGGAGGGCUUCCUGAGCUGGCUGUGCUAUGCCUGCGAGGGGGCGUACCGUGUGCUGCACUGGGAGACCCCCGCCCUGUCGUCCCAGUUCUAUGGGGCGCUGCUGGGCUCCCUCUGUGUCCUGUACUUGCUGCCCUUCUGCUGGGUCCUCGCCCUGCUCAACAGCACCCUCUUCCUGGGGAACGCCGAGUUCUACCGAGUGCUGCUGGAGCUCAAGGCUGCGAUGGAGCAACGCCUCGGCCCCAAGCCCCUCGCCAGCACCCUGGAGCCGGCGGAGCCCGACGCAGGAGCAGAGGGGGGCAGCUCCCUGGUGGAUCGGACCCCCACGCCCACGAGCACCGAGGACCUCACGCCCGGCAGCGUGGAGGAAGCAGAGGAGGCAGAGCCUGACGAGGAGUUUAAAGACGCUAUUGAGGAGGACGACGACGUCUCCCAGUGCUCCGCCGAGUUCGACAUCGGCCUCCCGGACAGCAGCGUCAUGAGCAAGAACGAGGUGAUCCGCAGCAAGGUGUCGCGGCUGACCGAGCGGCUGCGCAAGCGCUAUCCCAGCAAUAACUUCGGGAGCUGCACCCGCUGCGCAGCCACCUUCUCCGUGCUCAAGAAGAGGCGGAGCUGCAGUAACUGCGGCAACAGCUUCUGCUCCCGCUGCUGCUCCUACAAAGUCCCCAAAUCCUCCAUGGGAGCCACAGCCCCAGAUGCCCAGAGGGAGACGGUGUUCGUUUGCUCGUUGUGUAACCAGGUUCUCGUCAAGUGAGCGGAGCCCCCAGCGGGGGCGUCUCCGGCUGCCUGUCCCUGCUGCUCUGGGCAGGAGAGCGCCAGGAUCCUGCGUCGCUGAGUCCCCCCGCCGGCCCAUGGCACUGGGUGGCUGCGUGGGCCCCACUGCUCUGUUCCCUGGAGCUUUGCUGUGGGGUCCCGACUGGGGCAGGGGACUGAGGCCAGCCACCCCUCCUCUCUGCUCUGGGGCAGUGCCUCAGGGGCCUUGGCAGGUCAGGGUGACUGUCAGGGGUUUGCAAAGCCAGAGGGGUAACCGUAUGCACAGUGCCCUGUGCUAGCUAAGUCCCCCACAGCCUGCCCCGGGGCUCGGAGCAGACCCUCCUUGCCCCCCAGUAGAGUAGAGGGCCUGGCGUGGGGUGGCUCUCGGCUUGCACUCUGCAUGCUGGGCUGCUGGCUUUGCCCACAGCGGUGGGUGCUGGUUCCACUCCCGUCACCUGGGGCCACAGCACCCCCCUGCUCUGCUGCCGCCCUGCCCCAUGGAAUCUGGGCAAAGGCUUCACCCCCCAUGGCCCUGGGGGGCUCCUCUCUCAGCAGGGGGGGUUGGGUGGGGGCUGGAAGCACUGCAGGGCCAGGGCGGAGCGAGGGUCUCACGGGCAGGGCGAGGCCCACCCCCACCGCCCGUUCUGCGCUGACCCCUGCGUACGUGGGCGUUACUGUGUGUGUAGCUGGGGCUGGCUCCUGUGUCCCCCUGUGAGGGAUCGCGGGGCCCCUGCAGGCCCCCUGGGCUGCACACGCCCUGCUGGGGUAGUCGGCACCUGCUCUACUGGGGAGGGGGCCUCCCUGCUGCCCGGUGAGCCGCUGGCAGCGGGCUCCAGCCUGGCCCUAGGGCAGCAUCUGCCACGUGCAGGUCACGUGAAGCAGGGUUAAAAGGUGGGGGGGGGGGGGCUGCUGCGUGGAGACCUCCACCUGCUUCGUCCCAUGGCAAACGCCCUGGACCGGCACCAAAGGUACGGGAGCAAGGAGAGCGCUUCACGCCUGGCCAGGCUGGCAGCCAUGGGGCCCUUCCUUGGGCCCAACUCCCGGGUGCCAGGCGUAGCUGGAGCGAGAGGAGACCCGGGGUGGGGCAGAGGGGCUAGCCGGGCCGGUUGCUGCUGCUGUGCCAGGGUGUCCCCCUCUCUGCCCUGGGCUGCUCAGGAGCAGGGUGACCACGGCUGGGUCCCAGGAGACUGGGGGGGGGGCUGUCAGCGUGAAGCUCCCUUCAGCUUCUGUUCUGCCUAUUCCCCCUCCCCCUGUCCUUAAGGACUCACAAGGGAGGGGGGAUAGUCCAGCCCUCCCCGCCCCCAAGGCCCAGUGUCUGACUCUCCAGUUUGGGUUUAUUAACUUCUGGCCCCACAGCCUGGGCCCGGUACCAGGGCGAGUCCUGGGGAGGGUGUGGUGUGAACGUGGCUCCUCUGUUUACACAACGGCAGCUUCCCCUCUGCUUCUCUUGCACCUGGUAAAUGAUGUGACUCACUUUCCCUGGCUGCGUCGGCACCAGUGAGAAACCACCUGUCCCGGUGGCCCUGGCCCUGGCCCUGGCCCGCUGGGCAGGUCCCUGCUCUGUGCCUCCAGCCCCCGGCCCUGGGUGAAGGCGGGGGAGCUCUGCGGAGGACUGUGCUGUUAGGACCAGGGACCCUAGUUUUCCAUGAUAACCCCACAAUAAACAUGACUCUGCAUUUCUCUGCUGUUA